AUGAUUUGGCAUAGAAAGCUUCAAUUUAAUUAUGCUAUUCUAGCAUGCGGCUUGUCUGAAGAACAUUCUGGGGACACUUCUCUCUUCAACUAUGUCUAUCAAGGCGAGAGAGACAGCAGCUCCAUAUGGAUGGAUCUGAGUCGAGGUCGGAGGUCGGUGCUUCGUGGGUUUCUAAGCCUAGCUCAACAGCCGCAACAGCAAGAUAAGCUUUAUUCGGUUGCCAGGAGGGCCGAGUGA